UCUCUCUCUCUCUCUCUCUCUCGCGAAAACGGAGAAAUCGGAGAAAUCCCGAUGAUUUCCGGAAAUCGUUUGAUAUCGGAGAUUCCUCCACUCCGGUCGUCGUUCUUCCGUCGGCCCAUCAUCUCCACCGACUCUGGUGGCGACGGCGUGCUCGGCUGAUGUAUUCGGCGAGGUGGGGUUUAGAAAUCGGAGAGAAGUUCACAAGAUCUCCGAUUUUCGAUUCGAAAUCGGAAUCUCUGCUUCAGUUCUAUAUUAUUCAAGGUUCUUCAACAUGAAUGUCGGUUUAAAGAAGCAGUGGAGUUCAUGGAAGCACUUGGUUUAAAGAAGCAGUGCAGUUGUGUCAUGUUCUUCAACAUGAAUGUCAGAUAUGGUGUUUAUUGGACACAAAGAUGAGAGAACGGAGAGGAGAUGGACUGUGAGGAUCAGAAGCUGCGUUAAAUGGUCAGACAUUAAGGUUCACGUGAAAGGAGAAGAAGAGGACAAGUCUGAAUCUGUACUUGGACACCACAAGACUUCUUUGUAACCACAAGUUUCCAGCAAGCUUUUGGACCACUUGAUACUCUCUCUUUGGUCACGGACCAAGCAUAUUUGUUCACUUCUUUGUAACCACAAAUAUUAAAUUGAUUUGUACCACAAGUCACAAAUGCUUUGUAACCAUGUAUUAUUUGAGAACAUUGCCUAUAAAUAUCACAAGUUUCAUGUUGCUAUGAAUUAUCUCUUCUCCUCAGUCUACUUUUUCUUACAAACUCACAACAAAAGAAAUCCAAAUCGUUGAACCACAACCAAUUACUUAUCUAAAACCAAUUCUAAACCAUAAUUUAUUCCAUAAGCAAAUAUCAUCUUCUAUUUCUUUUCACUUCAAUAUCUUGUUCUAAACCCAAAUCUUUUUCUUCCUAAAAAUUAUACAUACAAAAUGGCUUCAUCUUCCAAUUACAAUUUCGAAGAAGCGUUGGACGAAGAAUUAUCUAAUGCUUUAUCCAAUGCUUUCCAGCAAGCGUUGGAUAAUUCUUUGGAUUCUUACGGUGAUCGUCAGCAAGCCGCAAAACCGAGGAAAAAACGAGUCCAUAUUGAAAGAAAUCGAGAAGAAGGACACAUCCAGUUAUGGAACGAUUAUUUCGCAGAAAAUCCAACUUUCCCUCCUAAUCUAUUCAGACGCCGUUUUAGAAUGAAUAAGCCAUUAUUCAUGCGUGUUGUUGAUCGCCUCUCCACAAUUCCAUUCUUUCAACAAAAAAGAGAUGCUACAGGAAAAAACGAUUUAUCUACACUACAGAAGUGUAAAGCAGCAAUUCGUAUGUUUGCAUAUGGUUUAGCGGCUGAUGUGGUUGACGAAUACAUGCGGAUUGGUGAAACCACUUCGAUGAAGUGCAUGGAACAUUUUGUUGACGGAAUUAUUUAUUGCUUUGGAGAUGAGUACUUACGACAACCCAUUGCAGAAGAUCUUCAACGGCUACUCGUUAUUGGAGAGAUUCGAGGAUUUCCCGGGAUGAUGGGAAGCAUUGAUUGUAUGCAUUGGGAGUGGAAGAAUUGUCCUACCUCUUGGAAAGGACAAUAUACACGUGCCUCUGGAAAACCAACGAUCGUUUUAGAGGCUGUAGCUUCCCAAGAUCUUUGGAUAUGGCAUGCGUUUUUUGGACCGCCAUGUACUUUAAACGAUAUCAAUAUUCUAGAUCGCUCUCCGGUUUUUGAUGACAUCUUAAAAGGGCGAGCACCAGCAGUGAAUUAUACAGUCAACGGGAACGAGUAUAAUUUGGGUUACUAUCUCACGGAUGACAUUUAUCCUAAAUGGGCUACUUUUAUCCAAUCUAUUUCACUUCCACAAACUGAGAAAGCAUUUUUAUUUGCAACCCAUCAAGAAGCUUGCCGUAAAGAUGUCGAGCGUGCUUUUGGCGUUUUGCAAGCUCGAUUUGCCAUUGUCAAAAAUCCGGCUCUUCUUUGGGAUAAGGUAAAAAUAGGAAAUAUUAUGCGAGCAUGUAUAAUACUUCACAAUAUGAUAGUAGAAGACGAACGAGAUGGGUAUACUCUGUUUGAUACGACCGAAUUCGAACAAGCGGAAUCUGCAGGAAGUUCACGGGUGGAUUUCACAUAUUCUACAGAUAUGCCUUCAAAUUUCUUCGGAAUGAUGACCAAUAGAGCUCGAGUUCGUGAUCGAGGUAUGCAUCAACAAUUGAAGAAUGAUUUGGUCGAGCAUAUAUGGACAAAAUAUUCCAGAAAUUAAGUUUAA